UCAGUGUACCAGAUCGCUAUAUAUUAUGCAAAAGAGCAGCAUGAACAUUCUGUUAAAUUUCUUCUUUUGUGUUUUACAGAAAAAGUCAUGCAGGUUUAAAACCUAAAUGACAGAACUGUAAACCGCCCCUGAUGUGUGCGAUGCUGUAGCUUUUUAAACCUUUGGGGGAUGUGAAAAUGGGGAUGUGAUUAUACAAAAUAAUAUUCCUUCUAAAUGCUCCUUUUGAUUUUCAACGAUAAUUGCCAUGUUCCAGUUUAACGUGAAAUGAUUAGCAGUGUGAGCACAACACUGAAAAGAAAGGGUUACCAAAAAAAAAAAAAAAUUACGUAACUUCUGCUCUGACCCUUUCCUCGUCAGAGAUGUCUCCAUGGUUACCCCCCCUCCCAACUGGAAUGGGAUGGUACAGAGAGCACGAAACCAAGGGUGCGAGAAAAGCCCUCAUUCCAUAGCAUUGAAUCAAAUAAAAUGUCUUUGUCUGCAUAGCUUCACCAGCUGCUAUUCAGCAUUUUAAUUAGACGGAUCUGCUCAGCCCGGGUUAGAGACUUUAAACCCAAAACUACAGCCAGUUCUAAGCCGAUCAAGUAAAGACUGCAGAUAACGCAAUGCCUUGGAUGUUUCUCGACUGGUUCGUCCCUGUCUAUCUGCUGGUCUCGGUCCUGGUCCUGGCCGGUUUUGGAGCGUGCCUGUAUUUUCUGGAGCCGGGUCUUCAGGAUGCCCACAAGUGGAGCAACAAGUCCCUGAGGCACCAACCACUGGCUCCCAUAAGACAAACACACUGCAGAGAUGACGACAGCAAUGCCUUAUUAUGAUGGGACAUGUGUGGACAAUCCAAUGAGACGUUUGUGCCAAAUCAUAUGUUAAUGCCACUUUAUCAAAAUCCAUUGUCUUUUAACAGGGUUUCUGUUAUAUGCAAUGAUCUGCAAUCGGAUUACAAGCCAAAACAGUACGAUACGUUGAAGAACUCAAUUCAUUUAAUUUUACAAAGAUUAUUAUUUGCAUUAAAUUGUAUCAUCUCAAAAAAAUCGGAUGUUACUCUGCUAUUUCAGGACUAAAGGUGAAAAGUAGUGGUCCAGAAUCCACUUAAAAUUUAUUUAUUAUCAUCAAUACUAUUAAUAGUGAUUAAUAGUAUACAUAAAAUACAUUUGACCAAAUCUAUUGAAUUAUUGUGAUUAAAGUAUUAAUUUAGAAUGAUAAUUAUUACCAUUAAAUUAAUCUAACUUAAAAUAUAUGUAUAUUCCCCCCCUUUCAAUAACUAUUGUUUCUGGAUGUUUCCUAGUUUCUGCUAAUAAACAUUAAAGAACAUUAUUAUAGCAGAAAUACUGGAAGAAGGAAUAUCUUGCUUUACCUUGCUUUGAAAGUUGGGUCAGUGUUGGUCAUUUGAGUCUAAAAACUUGAGAAUCACUGCUUUUAUGGUAUCGUGGUUAUCCAGUGAUGCUUCCCACACAACCUCCCACGAAAGUCAGCGUCAGAGUAAAUUUUGGUGACAUUUGGGUAAACUUGGAGGAGAAACCUAGACUUGUCUGAGGGGGGUAUUGUGCGAAAACACAUUACAUACAAUGAACAAACAAGAAGGAAUGUUUCCAGGUCAUGACGGUCAUGUUCUGGGUGGCAUUUUAGAACAUGCCUGAAAAAUCUGGAAAACCCAUGUCCCAAGAUACAUGCAGUAUACUGUGAGAGUAAAAUGGGGAGCUCAAACUACUCAGCAUGCUUUUUGUCAUUAGGCAUCAAAUAAUGGUACAAAUGACCAUAUUUAGGGUAUGUUCAAGAAUACCAACUAGAUUUUAGUUGUAUCAUCUGUUGUAGAUGUUUUAAUUUUUGCAAUGUUUUUAAGAAACAAGCAAAAAAAAACCACACAUGGUUGAAAUUGUCUAUUUUGGUGGGCUAGCAUUCUUAUCUGAAGCCUGAUAAUGUUUAUUAGUAGACUUUGCUCUGAUUGACCAAUUUCACCAACAAAAAAGCAACUGUCCCUUUAAAUGUUGGUUAUAAUCAUACUUUGGACAAUCAUAAAUGAUAAUGGCAUUUGUAAUAAUGUGGAUGAUUGUAUAAUCAGUUGUAGCAUGUUGGAAAUAUCACCAAAUUAUAUUAAACACAAAAUGUUCGAGACAUAUUUCUCUUCUGCAUGUUUUCACUUGAUUUUGGAGUUUCACAAAUUGUGCCAUUUAGCGAGUAUGAUGUGAAGAGAGUGGGUGAAUGAGACAGUGGAGCUUCAGAUUAGAAGAAUGGAGGGAAUGUAAGUCUAGUUCCCACCAUUUCCUGAUGCACUCUUCCCCCUUCAUUCUCUCGCUUCUCUCUUCCAGUAAACAAACCACAGGAUUACAGGUCGGUCUUAUUGCAUAUCAUUUUCAGAAUACUAUAUAUACUCACUAUAUGUCUUUCAGAAAACCAAUUGUUUUUGGUAUUUUUAGUUAAAUAUUUGACUGAUUUGAAAACAUCUUUUCUGCGUUGUUCUUUUUAUUUACAACUGCUUGCCCAAACCUUUCUUUUUAUGAAUUCUUAUAGGCUGUGUGAUAUCCUGCAAUGAACCCACAGGACCUAGAUAAAACUGGAAGCAUGUUACCUGUUGGAUCUCCCCUCGACUCCCCCUCUCUGUCCCCGUGCCUUAUCCCUCUUUCUCCUUCCCCUUCCCGUCUUUCACCAUGCCCCAUUAACUCAGGCUCCUCUCCCUCCCGUCUCUCUCCUUUAUCCACUUCUCCUUCUCGUCUCAGUCCAUCUUCUCACUUUAUUUCAUCUUACUCCCCUGUUCGUCUGUCUCCCUGUUACACAUGUGACCCAUCUACUUCACCCACAAGGGUUUCCCCCUGUCCCGUGCCUCUUUCCCCCUCUGUUAUCCUAAAAAAACCCAUCCAUAUUUCCUCCUUCAGUCAAACCAAGAAAGGCUCGGAACAACAGAAUCAGAUUCAUAGUUCUUCUCAAAGCAUCAUCAAUACUGUGGAUACAUCCCUAAGUUCACCACAAUUGAAGUCAGUCGAUACCAUUUCUCAUUUAGAGAAUUCAGUUAGAGUGCUACAAACAGAUGAAAACAAAACAUUACAAUCUGCUGAUUUGCGUGGUAAAACAUGGCCAGUAGAAAGCAGAAUUUCCAGAUUCAAGCCUGUUUCAUCCACUGAGAGAAGUGUAAGAUCAAUCCCAAUGACCAACAGUCAAAAAAGGCAAGCUGGCCAACAACAAGAGCCAUUCAGACCUCCACAGCAGGAUAAACUAAAGCAAAAUCUGAACAUAUAUUGCAGGGGAGCCACCAAGCCUUCAACGCUUGAAAGCUUAAGCCCUAAAAACCUCAGACAUGUUGAAAAUAGUGCAUACAGACCCCAAAAUUUAGUGAACUAUCAAAAGAAGCGCCAAUCUCAGGACCCUACUCUAGUUCGAAUCCGUCUUGGAUUGAUUAAAACAGGCAGGAUUAUAAACUCUGGUGCCCAGUUUUUAGAUCUGGAGAAGAUCAAGGGAAGCAAUGAAGAGAACAACCCAAAAAGUCAGAGCGACGGAAAUCCUGCUGUUUCAGAAAAGUUAAAACAGCCUAUUCGUUCAAAGAUAAUGUUAGGAGCAGCCAAGCGGAUAAUAAGGCCCACUACAAUGUGUGAGAGGAGCUGUGGGAAACCUCAAAACCAACAACAAGCUUCAGCUAAAGAAACAAGACAGUUCUCCAAACAGCCAGCACUUACAAAUCCAAUCUCAUCCCCUAAAGCUACCACAAACCAAAAGGAUUCUUUUCAAGAACUGGAUAAUGUACCUCCUCUGAAGGAAUACAGUGAACUGGUUUCAUCCAACUCCGAGCUUCAAGACAGAGCUUCAGAGAACUGUAAUGCCAUCAGCGAUAGUUCUCAUGAAAGUAAUGUGAUGAUGAACUACCCCCAAAACAAUCAAACCAGUACUAAUGACAACCAAGAGUCUAAACCAAAAAUCAGGCCUUCCGAGACAGACAGCGCCGUCAUCCCGUAUAAAAACGCAUCAGACCAGUGCAGCCGGAUGAGUUGCUUUCAGUUCCCUUUGAAGAGUCACAGAACAUCCACUGAAUGUGGUCAGCUGAGCCGAAUCUGUAGACCUGUGAUCAAAAGAACAUCUGACAGUAGAACUACAUACUUCAAAACCCCUCAGGCAUGGAGAAGAUCUUCCUCAAACCAAACAGGGAACACAAGAAGGGAUGUUGGCAAUUCAACCCGAAACAGAUGCAGCCUUUCGGAUUCAGAUUCUUCUAAAUCCUCUUCAAGCGAAGCGACCUUGCGUGAAGAUUACAGAUUUGCAAGAAGACACAGAGGCUCACAGUUGUACAAAAAGUGUGCUACUAGUUGUCCAACUAAAUUUGUGGGAGAGAAACUUAAAUCAGCUGUUCACCCUGACCUCUCAGACAGCCCAAACACACACACAGACUCUGAAAUGCUGAAAUGUCCCUUGGCUGGACGGAUGCCUCGGUGUCCGUUCACUCUAGAUCAACAACAAGAGUCCAAACACACACUUCAUGCUAAAGAUUGUGACAGAUUUCAAGACGUGAACUCCUCGUGGUUAACAGAGCGAGAAGACUCCCUGCCAUUACAGCCAUCUGUAGCCGCAGACACGAGGAGCAGAAUUGACUCCUGUCCAGAAGAAUGUGUGUCUACAGACAUGUCAGAAAUUGUGCCCCCUGAAGUGAGACCUAAACCUGCCGUCCCAGCUAAGCCCUCUCAUGUGGUCCCGCCUUCUAGCAGUCCCUUUGUGCCUUCACUCCAAGGAACAGGGGGUGAAGGUCAAGGGUCAGGUCGGGGAUCUGCAUUGCUCGGAUACAUCGGAAUAGACACCAUCAUCGAGCAGAUGCGGAAGAAGACCAUGAAGACAGGCUUUGACUUCAACAUCAUGGUGGUUGGUCAAAGUGGUCUUGGGAAAUCUACUUUAGUGAAUACUCUCUUUAAGUCACAGGUGAGCAGGAGGAGCACAGGCUGGAGUCGUGACGAGAAGAUCCCAAAGACUGUUGAGAUUAAAUCUGUAUCUCAUGUGAUUGAGGAAGGAGGGGUGAAGAUGAAGUUAACAGUCGUUGACACACCAGGUUUUGGAGACCAAAUCAACAAUGAAAAUUGCUGGGAGCCCAUAUCCAAAUUCAUCAAUGAACAAUAUGAAAAAUUUCUGAAAGAAGAAGUCAACAUUGCUCGCAAGAAACGCAUCCCUGAUACCAGAGUGCACUGCUGCUUGUACUUCAUAUCUCCAACUGGACACUCGCUUCGCCAGUUGGAUAUUGAGUUCAUGAAACAUCUGAGUCGUGGGGUCAACAUCAUUCCUGUCAUUGCCAAGUCGGACACACUCACUCUUGAGGAGAAAACUGAAUUUAAGCAGAGGGUGAGGAAGGAGCUGGAAGCGUGUGGGAUUGAGUGUUAUCCACAGAAGGAAUUUGAUGAAGACAUGGAGGAUAAGAGUGAUAAUGAUAAGAUCAGGUUGAAAACCCAAAUCACUGCGAAUUCUCUUUACUUCGUGAUUUCAUGAUUAGGUCUCACCUCCAGGACCUGAAGGAGGUCACUCAUAACAUCCACUACGAGACGUACCGUGCCAAAAGGCUCAAUGAUAACGGAGGUCUGCAUCCCAUAUCUUCUUCUGGCCAAGACACACAAGAAAGCAACCUGUGAG